AUGAUUCACUGUUUAAGAAACAUUCGUACCGUCUCAGCCCUCCAAAGCAAGAUUUCUUACAAUCUUGGUGGUGGUAAUAAAAGAAAGAAAACCUCAGGUGACUUGGAUAAUUAUGAUGUCCUUUUUGUAGGAGCUAAUCUUGGUGGUAUCUGCAGUAAUCACUUCGACAAGGACACUCACGGUAAAUACAAAUGUUUCGUCUCUUUCGAUCAACCUAUAAAUCAAAUCUACUCUGUUCGUAUUCCUUAUGAAUAAUAAAGAGUCAGAAAGAGUGAAUACAUACAUUUCUCCAAAAAAUCUAUCAAUCAAUUCACUCCUAGUGAAAUGUUAGCAGUUAAGGAAAUUUUACCUGAAUAAAACGCUGUCGUUUUGAGCAGUGGUAGAAGAAUCGGAUACAACUAAUUAGUUCUUGCCACUGGUCUUAAGCACGAUUUCUCAUAAAUUAAAGGUUUUUAUGAAGCUCUUGAACACCCUGAACAUCCCGUUUACGCUAACAGAGAUCCCGAAACAUGGAGAUCUGCUUAACACAAAUAUUCUAAGUAUAUUUCUAACUUCAAGAGUGGUGAUGGUUACUUCUGCAUUCCUGAAUACCCCUAUGCUGGUGAAGUUGAAUGCUUCAACUUCUUCGUUUCUGACGAAGUAUGGAAAUGGGCUCAACACCAUGGUGCUCUCUCUCCUAAGCACACUUUCACUAUUGUUAAUGCUAACGAAAAGUUUGUUCACUAUUGUGACUCUGCUGAUGCUUUCAUUAAGGAAAGACUUGAAAAGAGAGGUAUCAGAGUUGAAUACAACACUAAGCUUCUCGAAGUUCACCAAGAUGGCUAAAAGGCUACCUUCAUUAACACCAAGACUGGUGAAAAAUCUGUUAGAGAUUACAAUAAUUUAUAUUCUAUCGUCCCCUCCAAGAGACAAGAAUUCUUAGAUAAGGCUGGUUUGACCAACGGUAACGGUUUGUUAAACGUUGAUCACUAGACCUUGUAACACAAAAAAUAUAAAAAUAUCUUCGGUUUAGGUGAUGCUGCUGAUUUACCUACCACCAAGACUUUCUGGGCUGGCUGGUACUAAAUCGCUGUUGUCAGAAACAACGUCAAGAGAAACCUUUAAGGUUAAACCUUGAAUGCCCAUUAUGAUGGUUUCUCUAAGGUUCCUCUUUUCACUGGUCACCAAACCCUUACUUACGUUGCUCACUCUUACGGUGGUGUUGGUAACUGGUAACAUCUCAAGCACAACAACGGAGGUAUUCUUGCUUGGAUGAGAUAUCGUUCUUGGGCUAAGGGUAUGGCCAAGAAAUUCUAAGAUUUCUACAAUGGUGCUAGAUUAGGUCCUCCCUACCACAAAGUUUUAAAGAGUUUCCCCGAACUUCCUGGAAGUCCCGAAUCAUAAUAAAGCUCCGGUAUUUCAAAGUACUUCCCUACUAAGACCGAAAAUAAAGCUGCUCAUUGA